AUGGCUACGUUCUGCGAAAUUUGUGUACUUCUUUUUGCAAUUUUUGCUAUUUCUGGAGCAAACCCAUGCGACAAAUAUGAAAAUGAUAUAAUUGUAUAUAAGACAACCGAUUUAACGAUCGAUCAUCACAGAAUUCAUUAUUCCGACAAGAUUUCAACUGAUGAGGAAGUCUUAAACAUUCUCAUUUUCGAUCAAUAUAUACCGAAACUCUGCUGCAACCUGUUUCAGCUAGCACAUAAGGUUGUAUUCUUGUUAAUCAAAAACUGCAAUGUAAAGGAAUUACAACCCAACUGUUAUGAAAAUGAAUUCAGAUAUAUAACUACAGACAUUGACUUUAGCUUCAAUCAAAUCGAAGUUAUCAAUAAAGGAACGUUCAAGAAAUUACAAGUUCUUCAAAUUCAGCUACAAUCGAAUUUAAUCAAAAUGAUCGAAGAUGAAGCAUUUCUCAACUUACCUAAUUUGACACUGAUCAAUUUAUCCAACAAUCGACUGUUCAGAUUAAAUCCACACGCAUUUCUAGAUGUGCCAGUUUUAGAUACAUUGUAUUUUUCUUGCAACAACGUCGAACUUCUGGAAAAUGGAAACUUUAACUUUUUGGGCGAACAGCACGCUUAUAUUCACUUAUCCAGCAACAAUAUUUUUCUCAUUGAGUCCAGGGUUUUUCAAAGGGAAGUACCAGGAUCACUAUCUGUUGAUCUGUCAUAUAACGCUAUAGAGUCGAUUCCAGCAAAUUUAUUUGAUAACCACGUUUUCAGAGUUAUAGAUUUAGGUUGCAAUCCCACUGAAAACUUAUCAGGAAUAGCAAACGCAUGUGAUAAAUACGAAAAUGAUAUAAUUACGUAUAAGAUAUACGAUUUAGUGUUGGACCGUUACAUAAUCUACAUGUCUGACACGAUUACAACCGAACACGAAGCCCUGGAUGUUGAAAUUUCAAAUCAAUAUAUACCGAAAGCCUGUUGCAACCUGUUUGAGUUAACACAUAAGGCUUAUAUUGACUUAUCAAACAACAAUAUUUCUUUCCUUGAUUCCGGGGUUUUUGAAAGGACAGCCGCAGGAACGCUGUCUGUUGAUCUGUCAGCUAACGCUCUUGAGUCGGUACCAGAAAAUGUGUUUGAUAAUUACAUUUUUGAGCACAUAGAUUUAGGGUGCAAUCCCAUUGUAGAAUUAUCAAGAUUAUACGAAAACAACUCUAGCAUAAGCUAUGUAUACGUGAAUACCACAUUCCUUGAUAGGGUAAAUUUUGAAAAUUUUGUGACUUGGGCAAAUUCAAGAAAUAUUAAAUUAGAAGAAUCAAGUUGUGUUGGUAAACGCGAAGCUUAUAUUCACUUAUUCAACAACAAUAUUUCUUUCAUUGAGUCCAGGGCUUUUCAAAGGAAAGUAGAAGGAUCACUAUCUAUUGAUCUGUCAAAUAACGCUAUAGAAUCGAUGCCAGCAAAUUUGUUUGCAAAUCACAUCUUCAUAAUUAUAGAUUUAGGUUGCAAUCCCAUUGAAGACUUAUCAGGAAUGUGCGAAAACAACUGCAGCAUAAGCUCUAACGCUAUAGAGUCGAUGGCAGCACAUUUCUUUGAUAACCAGCUAUUCGGAUAUAUAGAUUGCGGUUGCAAUCCCAUUGAAGAUCUAGCAAGGAUGGAGGUAACUACGAAAAUAAAAACAACAUUUAUGGAAAUUAUUGACGAAGACAUACCGAAACUUUGUUGUAAUCUGUUUCAUUUGGCACAUGAAGUUGCACAUCUGACAAUUAGUAACAGUAAUGUAAAGGAAUUGCAAGAAAACUGUUAUGAAAACGCCUUCAAAAAUGUGAGUUUCGAAAUUGUUAUUAGUUUCAAUCAAAUCAGUUUCAUCAACAAGGGAACGUUCAAUAAGUUACGAGUUGUCCAGAUUGACCUACAAUCGAAUAUCAUCAAAGUUAUCGAAAAUGAAGCAUUUGUCAAUUUACCCAAUUUGAUGCUGCUCAAUUUAUCCAAUAAUCAACUACAGAGAUUAAAUCCACAAGCAUUUAUUGAAGUACCAGUUCUGAAUACACUGUUCUUGCAAUGCAAACAAAACGCUUCUAUUAAUUUACGGAAAAAUAGCAUCUCUUUGGUUGAUUCAAAUGCUUUUGAGAGAAAAUUUGCAGGACCCCUAUCCCUGGAUCUGUCAGGUGACGCUAUAAAGUCGCUACCAAAAAAUUUGUUGGACCAUUGCACUCUUAAAGACAUAGAUUUAACCUGCAAUCCCCUCGAAAACUUAAUGUAUCAUGUAACUAAAAAUCAAGUUAGCACUGAAUAA